GGAUCUUGCGAUAGCAUCCCCACCCCUCGAGUUAUCGAGUGCACUUUCUUGUAUCUUGACUUCUAGUGGAUCAGAAUCUCGAUCAAUCUCUUCACACAUCUCAACCUCUGGUAUAGAUUUGGCUUCACUUAUCGAACUAGAGGAGUGA